AUGCGCAAAACCGCUCUGGUAUUGGCCAACAUCUUGUUGCCAAUCGCUGUGCUGGUCUUUGCCUCUGGUUUCUUUCCUUACAAGCCCGUUCUGCCAGGUCUAGCCACCCUCAAGCAAGGCGAUGGAGGCGCCCCCGAGGCUGCAUUCGAUCGUGUGAUAUUCAUGGUCGUGGACGCUUUGCGAAGCGAUUUUGUAUACGGCCACGACUCUGGCUUCGAAUACACCCAAGGGCUCAUCCGCAAUGGCGCGGCCAUCCCUUUCACAGCCCAUGCCACGCCUCCGACAGUCACCAUGCCUCGUGUCAAAGCCCUGACAACCGGCUCCGUACCUUCCUUUCUCGAUCUGAUUCUCAACUUUGCUGAGAGUGACACAUCCUCUUCGCUUGCCACACAAGAUACCUGGUUGGCGCAGAUCCGAGCAAAAGGUGGGAAGCUGGUCUUCUACGGCGAUGACACAUGGCUCAAGCUCUUUCCCGGCGACUUCUUCUCGCGGGUAGACGGCACGAGCAGCUUCUUCGUUUCGGACUUCACCGAAGUUGACAACAAUGUGACGAGACAUGUGCCUGGGGAACUGAAGCGGGAUGAUUGGGAUGGGAUGAUUAUGCACUACCUUGGACUGGAUCACAUUGGACAUAAGACUGGACCACAGGGACCGAACAUGCUUCCCAAACAGAUGGAGAUGGAUGGGAUUGUGAAGAUGAUCUACGAGGCCAUGGAGCGGGAGCCACAUCAUGCGAAGACGCUGCUUGUCGUGGCUGGAGAUCACGGCAUGAAUGCCGGAGGCAACCAUGGUGGGAGUGGACCUGGAGAGACGGAGCCUGCAUUGCUGUUCGCGAGCCCGAAGCUGAAAAGGAUGCGGAAGAGCAGAGAGUAUGAAUGUCCUACGACGCCAAAGGCAGGUACAGAGUUCCAUUACUACACCAARGUUGAACAGAGUGAUCUCAUACCAACGCUUGCGGGAAUGAUGGGACUCCCCAUAUCGCGCAAUAGCCUCGGGACGUCCAUCCCUGAGCUUUCCGGCCUUUGGUCAGAGGAGGAGACACUUCAACACCUGCGUAGGAACGCCGAGCAGAUUUUGCAGAUUGUUGAGGCCACUUUCGGGGAGGAGUCUUUCCGAACAGCAGUCUCAACAUUUCGCAAUUUGCAUCUUUCAACAAACGAACUCUGUGAGGACAAGACAGAAGGCGAACAGCGUCUCGCUUGUCUUUGGGCUUUCGCGGAAAGCAAAGCCGAUGAGCGACCAAGUCAGCGGCAGGCCAGAGACGCACAGGUGGCCAUCAAUAAGUUCUUGCUCACUGCGCAAGACUCUUUGAGUGGCACGGCGAGCUCGUACAACAUCCCUCGCAUGGUCAUCGGCAUGAUCCUUUCCGCCGCCAUCAUCAUGCUCACUCUGCUCUCGUUCCCUGCGUCGUGGCCGUCUUCAACUGCAAGCACAUUUUUUGCCUUCACGAGCGUUCUUUAUGGAGUCAUGAUGUUUGCAAGCAGCUACGUGGAAGAGGAGCAGCAGUUCUGGUACUGGAUUACACCUGCCUGGAUUUCCCUUCUCGGAGCGAGCAAUGUGUCCACAGUACGGAGCACGACAGCAAGGACUCAAGUUGCGCUCGCAACCGUAGCGUCGCUCGCGGUACAUCGAUUUGCCGUGCGAUGGAAUCAGACUGGGCAAAAGCAUUCCGGAGCGGACGAUAUCGUCCACACCCUCUUCCCAAAUGCGCACGUCACCAUGUGGUUGCUGGUGCUCAGCGCAUUCGGUUACAAUGGCUUCGCGCUUGUCAGACGAGCUUUUGCCGGCAUCUUGGAGCCAGAAAUGUCAGUACUGGCUGCUGUAGCUCUGGUCGUUCCUGCCAUCGUUUUCAAGCUCAACUUCACGCAAGCAGAUGCUCCUGAGCUCGUUCAAGGUCUGGCGGAGAAGAUCAGAGAAUGGAGCGAGCCUUUUGAUUUGGUCUCGCAAGCUCGCUUUGCGUUCAUCACGCUGGGUCUGGCUACGCUUGUUGUCGUCGUGCUCUCCGUGAACUCAGCACGAGCAAGCACCAAGGUCGGGAUGAAAGAGGCUGGACUGCUACCUUCUCUAGCAGAGCGUCUGCAUCAUCUUCUGACGCUGUUUUUGAUGAUACAAACACGAGCACCAAACAUCCCACUCUUCCUGGGUCUCGAGGUCCAAAGAGAAGCUCUUGCAUAUAUCAUACAUGCUUCAACCACGACCUCUAAAGGCAGAACCGUUGUGCAGAUUGCUACCAGCACUCUUCUGUUCUCACACGUCUACUACUUCUGCGCCGGAGGGUCCAACUCAAUCUCUAGCAUCGAUCUCAGCAAUGCAUACAACGGCGUCUCCGACUACAACGUCCUAGCCGUUGGAGUUCUGCUCUUUGCCAGCAAUUGGACGGCUCCGAUAUGGUGGUGUAGCGCAGCAAAUCUACUGCUGACCAGCAAGCCUUCCUCCAGGCAGCAAGCGGACGCCCACGGUGGCCGGAAGUGGAUCGAUGGUGAGAGAACGAAGUUGCAUGAAGACACGCUUCGGAGUGUCAUGGGAUCUGAGAAGACCGAUGGGCCUGAAGGUACAUGGUUCACAUACGUAUCUUUGAUGACGGCGUUCAUGUCCACGAGUUUGCUGGCCGUCAUGGCGGCUUGCACGGCUCUGCGUACGCACUUGUUCAUUUGGACGGUCUUUAGUCCAAAGUACUUGUAUGCUAUGGCGUGGAGUAUUGGCUGGCAUCUGGUUGUGAAUAUUGGUUUUGGGAGCUUGCUGAAUUGGUUGGCAAGUAUCAAUUGA